GUGCUUUUCCUGUUCCCCAGUUGCUUGUACUUUCAGUUGCACUAUGAAGUUCACCGUUCGAGACUGUGACCCGAACACAGGUGUCCCGGAGGAGGAUGGCUACGAUGAUGAGUAUGUGCUGGAAGACUUGGAGGUGACCGUGUCUGACCAUAUUCAGAAGGUCCUAAAGCCCAACUUUGCAGCUGCAUGGGAAGAAGUAGGAGACAACUUUGAGAAGGAAGAAACCUUUGCACUUAGCUCAAUUAAAACCCUUGACGAAGCUGUCAGUAACAUCAUCAAAUUCUUGGGCAUGCAGCCAUGUGAGAGAUCAGAUAAAGUGCCAGAGAACAAAAAUUCCCACACGCUCUACUUAGCCGGUGUGUACAGAGGUGGCCACGAUGUGCUGGUAAGAUCCAGGCUUGCACUAGGAGAUGGAGUGACCAUGCAGGUGACAGUCAGGAGCAAGGAGGAGAUGCCUGUCGAUGUCAUCCUGGCUUCUGUGGGCUAAAUGUUACAGCACCGAAGUGGGAAUAUCCUAGCGAGCCUCAUCUGGUGUCUCCCGGAUGUCAAGCAGCCUGUCUGUCUUUCUGCAUGUAGUUUUUACUCCUCAAUUUGGUAAAUAUUUUGUAUGAUGUUACAGUAGUGGCUGGCUGAUACUGAGCCUUUUCCAUGUCCCUUCCCUCAUUGCCACUUACACAUUCCCAUCUAACUUAUUGCAUCUCCGGCCGCUUGCAGUUGCCGCAGGGAAGGAUUAAGAUGUGGUAGCCGGUAAGAAAAUGCAAUCGAACUUUUGUCAAAAAUGAUUUUUAUUAACAGAAAAUAAACACUGAUCGGAGUGGUGGAAUCCGUAUGAAUUACUGUUAAUAAAAGAGACAUCUCUUGUUGUAA